AUGAGGCUAUUUUCUAUCUUUCUCUACUUUCUUUGCUGUGCAACCGGAGGGAAGGCUGCUAAGACAGCUGGCAUAUUUGAAACUGUGUUCUACUAUUAUGCCUACCGCAUCGAGGUGAGCGCAUUUCCGAACCAGGAGGAUAGGAUGAUUGCCUGGAGAUGCGUGCCCGCCGCCGGGACUGUCUGUACUUUCUUCGAAUUCGUCAGAGCUAUCAUGCCUGCAACAGAGACAAUCGUCGAUAUCGAUGCCGCAAACACGAUUCUUCCCCCUGUGGAAGACGCAGAUACUACUUUCGCCGACAUGAGAUACGAGGGUAGAUAUGAGAUAGCGAAUCUCUACAGAGGUUCAACGAAAACGAACCAUGUCGAUAUGGUGGCCGACAUAACCAAUCGCAUCCAAGCGGCCCGUGAGGAGAUCUCCGUCAACUCGGAACUUCUCUCCAAUGCAAAGAAGGGAUUGAAGAUUGCGCAAGCCAUGCGGUGGACAGAGAACCUGGUGAAAACCCAAAAUGCUUUUGCCAAAAGGUAUCCGGGUGUCACCCUCUACGAGACCGAAGAAGAAAUGGACGGCGUCACCAUCAAAGUCAUCGACUGGGUCAAAACAGCCAAGGUCCAAGCCUCGCAAAGUAACUCGAAGUCUACAGUCCUCCAGAAUAGAUACAAGAAAUGGGUGGACACCAACAAAGGCGACGCGUACAAUCACCACCAGGAUAUUCUGCGCUCCCUUGCGACAUGUCAGAAUGUUCUUAAUGCGGUUCCCAGCUGUCGCGCCCAGCUAGGGUAG